GGGGCGGAGGGACAGCUGCAGCACAAACAGUUUAAACUCCGAAGUGUCUCUGUGGCUUGGCUUUCUCCCGUUAUUAUUUCAGGAUUGCAGCGUGAGCACAACUCUGCGAACAUAUGAACCGACCUACCUCUCUGAGGAAACGCGGUCAGCUUGCGUCACGGAGAUCCAGCAUGAAUAUUAACUGUGCUGGGGGCACCAGCCGGCCAAGCAGUCAGGAGUGCAGUCACCCUGCAGAAAGCAUCACCAUUCCAGUCCACGAGCUACAGGAAAGUAGCCUGACCCUAGGCAGCCAAAGUCCUAGCACUUUUGCAGGUCCCAGGAAUGAUGAUUUCAAGUAUGUGUCUCACCCAGCAAGUCUCCAGGUCAGUAACCUGUUAGCCACUCCUGAGGACGCAAGUGGCUCUAAUUUCCAGGACGGCAGUAAAAGACAGCCAGAGCAUUUCACUUCCCAAGAAUGGUACGGGAGCGGCACUGCAGGCUCCAACAAUUUACAGAUGCAGGCUCCAGAAAAAGUGACUCUAGUUGUAGAUGGCACUCGAUUUGUUGUGAAUCCACAGAUUUUCACAGCUCAUCCAGACACCAUGCUGGGAAGAAUGUUUGGACCAGGAAGAGAAUAUAACUUCACGCGGCCAAAUGAAAAGGGAGAAUAUGAAAUUGCAGAAGGAAUUAGCUCCACAGUGUUUCAUACAGUCCUGGAUUACUACAAAACUGGAACCAUUAACUGUCCAGAUGGAAUAUCUAUCCCUGAUCUCAGAGACACUUGUGAUUACCUCUGUAUCAACUUUGACUUUAACACAAUCAAAUGUCAAGACCUCAGUGCUUUGUUGCAUGAACUCUCCAAUGAUGGUGCUCACAAGCAGUUUGAUAGCUGCCUGGAAGAGUUAAUUCUGCCUAUCAUGGUGGACAGUGCCAAGAAAGGAGAACGUGAAUGCCAUAUUGUAGUAUUGACAGAUGAAGACACCGUGGACUGGGAUGAAGAUCACCCACCUCCAAUGGGAGAAGAAUAUUCACAAAUCCUUUACAGUUCCAAGCUGUACAGAUUCUUCAAGUACAUUGAAAACCGUGACGUUGCAAAGGCCGUGUUAAAAGAGCGUGGGCUGAAAAAUAUUCGAAUUGGCAUCGAAGGUUAUCCCACAUGUAAAGAGAAGGUGAAGAGGAGGCCAGGAGGCCGCUCAGAAGUUAUCUACAACUAUGUGCAGCGCCCGUUCAUCCAGAUGUCUUGGGAAAAGGAAGAAGGAAAGAGCCGCCACGUCGACUUCCAGUGCGUGAGAAGCAAGUCCCUAACGAACCUGGUUGCUGUGGGUGACGAUGUUUCUGAAGACCAGGAAAUUUUAUUGCAUCACCCACCCCAGGUGGACGAACUGGAUAGGUUAAAUGCACCUUUCUCUCACGUGGCUGCUAAUGAUCUUCCUGAUUAGUACUGGCUCAGGGUCAAGUCCCCUUCCAGUUGUUCUCUGGCAUCUGGGGACUCCUCAGCUUCAUUUCAUCCCAGGAUGUGGAACAUGCCACCUUGCAAGGUGCUUCCUCCUUAUAAUUGCUUAUAUUAUGGUGUACUAUGACAACUAUGUGAAUAACGAGCUAUGUUCCCUCAGUCAAAAGGCAGGAUUGCAAACAAUGUCUCCUUGAAAGGGAAGAGAUGGUGUUCUUUCCUCCACUGCUGACAGCUUUGGGAGUACCUACAGAGAGAGAUGGAGGUUGAAUCUUCACCUAGACCUGUGAAAGAAGAACAGAAGCACUAGAAGCCUCUUGUUUGGAGAGAGGCAAUUCCAUGAAUAUUAAAAAGCUGUUUCAAUUUUAGAUGCUUCCCACUGCUAUAAUGAUAAUCAGUUGCAAGGGGACCAAACAUCAGAGCAAGACAGAUUCCACCCUUCCGUACAACAAGUACAAAUAUAGCACAUUUGUGACUGACUGUAUAACACUGUGUACUCCCAACAGGUUUUGCAUCCAGUAUGUAUACUACUGUACUUGAGAAUGAUGGAGCUACUGUUCCAAGAGGCCUACAGAUGUUCACCUGCAACUGCUCACUUACAGUUCUCCUUAAGACAGAAUCACUUCUUUAUUAAGAGAAGACUUUAUUUCUGUUGACCUCAACAAGAGUAGCAGAUUUCAGAGAGUGGAAAUAAAGCUCAAUGAUGUUUUACCAAAGGAGUGAAUGUCACUAAGUUGCCUAUCAGAGAUAUCUUUGCACCCUAGAGAGCUAUAGAGUCUUCCCGAAUCCCAUUAAGAAAAAAAAGCAGAGAAGGCAACUCCUCAAACAGCCGUGCGGACAGUAACGUGAGUCUACAAUCAGUUGCAUCAGGCUCGUGCACCAACCUCAGAUGUAUGUUCAGCGGGGAUCUUGAAGGCAACGUGGACUCCCCAUGAGCAGCUGAUGCUGGAAUUUGGGCUGCUUUGUAGCUUGCAGGACUGGCGACUUCCCUCCAGUUUGAAAGCAAUGGCAUGACUUUAUUCUGUCUGACCUGUAAAGGAUGUAGGGUAGAAUAACAUUAGCAGAUCUGGUAUUACUACAGUAAGAACAGCCUGGUAGAGAGUAACUGUGCACCUGGGGAAAAUAGUAUAAAUACCUUCUCCUGCCUUUGGCUCAUUGUAGUAGGUUGUGUUUGAGGCCCAGACCAUGUUGAAUCCAGGAGUGUAUCCGCACACAGAUAGCCAAGCUAGGUUUCAACUAGCAGGCAUGGGUUCCAGAUGUGACUUGACCAUAGCAGCCCAUAAUUCACCAGGGGCCAGUUUGCCUGGCUUCUCACCAGGGUAAUUCAGCAUGGAGGCAAGGGCUGCCAUAGUUUUCCUGCUAGGUUAUGCUGCAAUCAGUUCAGACAUUUUCCAUGUUCACAAUAGCUGUAGCCCCCAUUCUGGUGCAAAGGCAACACGGGCUCUUCAUUUCCUCUUGUAAAAGGAGCAAAAAAAAAGUGCAGUUCUGCUCCUGCACAAAUUGCACCUGCAGCCAGUUGGGAUGGAAACUCGAGCACUGCGGCUGUUCCAUUUCUGUGUUUAUAGAUGGAGGAAGGGGUCUCAAAAUCAGCCCUGUAAAACCCAACUAAGCACCUGUUUUCAGCAAUGCUGCUUCUCCACUCCCCGUGAGUGGGAAACAGGCAUUCUUCCAAGCAGCCUUUCAUUAUUUUCUACCUGUAAACUAGGCUCUUACCAAAGACAUUUUUUUGCUGCUAUAGGAAUGUUUUUUCUUUCCUCACAUAUGUAAAAGUGACAAUAAAUAAUAAAUAUCUUACAGACUUGUGAAUGCUGCUGUAGGCCAAAAAAAAAAAAAGACAGAACCUGCUAAUGGCUCUAGUUUCCAUUUGUAUCCGAGUUUAACCAUCCCUAAAAUAGCUUCCUUUCCACAGAGGUUUGUUCCUGGUUUCAGAAGCGCAACAAAUCAUUUCCUCUUCCUAUAAGUGCCUGUGAGAAGCAGAUUUUCAAGCAUUGGAGGUAAAAGGAAUGGAGGAGCUCAGAUGCCAUUAGACACUUUUGAAAAUCUGCUUCUAAAACCUCUCAGAGCAGGACAAAGAAGUGUCCUUAAGCAUUUGCAGGCAGAUGAUACACACCCCACGCUUUCCAUUAUUUCUGUUUCUUUGUAUUGUAUUGGAAGACUCUACAUGGAACGGCAAUCUUCCUGGCUUAAGGCCAGUUUGGAUCCCUUCCUUAUACUGGUGACACAAGUAGACCUUGUGGGAUGAUUACUCACCAACAUAUGGGACUUGCAAGCUGCCCAUGAGCAUUAUGUUACGUAUUUAUUACUGCAUCACUUUAGAUGUUUAAUUAAUGUAUAAUAUUGAGUAGCUGGCUUGAUAUUUGAGUUUACAUUUCUUUAUAUGUUAAGGGCCUGAACCUGCAGGACACUGAAUACCCCUAAAGUCCCCUUGUCCACUGCAAGGCUUCAGGUGCUGCUCGGUGUCUUGUGCUGUCACCAACAUCAGAGCACGGGCCUUGAGCUUCUCAUAGCAUUGGGUAUUUGGGGAGUUGAGGGCACCCAGCACCUCGUGUGAACCCUUUAACAGCUCAUACAGUCAGAUCUUGGAUGCACUGAGGACACGUUCAGUGAAAAAAUAGUUUACAUCCACCACCUUACUAACCCCCCCCAAAAGUAGUUUUAUCUAGUUUUGUAGCUAAUUAAAGAUGACUGGGAUUUUUUAUUACUAUUAUUAUUAUUCUAGAGCAAACUCAACUGAAGAUUUUUAAAUAUCUCCAUUCACUUUUUUUUUUUUUUACUGUUAUCCAUCAUUCAGGUACAUGGCAAUGGUCUUAUGUUACUUUUUACUUAGUUUGAUGUUACUUGUGGUGUUUACAAGACCCUACAGUUGUAUGGUUUCACUUCUAUAAUAAAGUGUUAAAAUGUAA